UUUUUUCCUGUUUUACUUUAUUAUUUUGUUUAUUUAUCUUGGUUUAUUACUUCAUUACAUUUUCAUUCUCCUUCCCAAUCGAUUUUCUAGGAAAAUCCGUCUAUUUUCCCGGAAACCCAAUUCGAUUUUCCCGGAAAAAUUCAUGGGGAGGACUGGAUUGUUCGAUCUGGAAAGUCACUUCGCUUUCUAUGGCGCUUACCACAGCAACCGAGUUAAUAUUUUGAUCCACACACUGUUUGUGUGGCCGAUUUUCUUCACCUCUCUGGUUCUCUUCUACUUCACACCUUCUCUCUACAAUUUCCCGAAUGGUUUCUGUUUGAAUUUAGGGUUUGCUUUCACUGUGAUCUAUGCUGGGUUUUAUGUGUGCUUGGAUAAGAAAGCUGGGUCUGUUGCUGCUCUGCUCUGUGUUCUCUGCUGGGUUCAGUCCACCCUGCUUGCUAGCCGUCUUGGGUUUUCUCUGUCAUGGAAGGUUGUGUUGGCUGCUCAGUUGUUCUGUUGGACUGGACAGUUCAUAGGCCACGGGGUGUUCGAGAAACGAGCACCAGCUCUUUUGGACAACCUUGUUCAAGCAUUUCUAAUGGCUCCUUUCUUUGUGCUGCUUGAGUGUCUUCAAUCGGUAUUCGGCUAUGAACCAUAUCAAGGGUUUCAUUCAAGUGUGGAAGAAAAGAUAGAAGCUCAGAUCAAGGAGUGGAGGGACAAGAAACAAAAGAAAAUCACUUAGCUUAGAUGGGCUAUAUCAGACUGUAAUCACUAAACUAGUACUGUUUAACCGUCUGUAAAGAAUGAGAUUAAUGUAUUAAUCUGUAAUCUCUAUCCGUACUUAACCAGUCUCUGGUUUUUCAA